AUGUCGUGGAGGUAUGAGGAAGUCACAGUUGCGUGUGGUAAGGCUUUAAGUGAGGAGCGAAACGGGCGAAGGCGCUUCUUACUUAAUGUAAUAGCAAAAGACCUUGCUGAAUUAGGGUCCAUUGUGGGGGAAAAAACCGGCCAAAAAGUACAUGAAGCUAAUGGAGAAGCUUCCCUACGGACCGAUAACAAUAAUAUAGGGUCAGAGGAUAGCUUACUUAGUCGCGUGGGUUUUGUUACACAGUUGGUUCUUGUGGAAAAUUGCGGGAGUCGUUUUUCAACCAAAGGAUUAAUAGCUCUACUGGAGUUUGCAGCUGUACUCCUUAAUUCAGGGCUUAUUCCUACCUCCCUGGUAUGUGUACCUCCUGAAAUAAGUAUACCUGAGAGUGCAUCCGGCCGCACAGGUGUUUUUUUUUCAAAACUUCUUGGCGGUGGGACAUGCGCAACAUGGCGUUCUGCGCAAAAUGCUUCCGUUGAAAGUGCGACUGCAGAAACUGAAAUAAAAAAUGAAGCAGUAAAUGUAUUUACUGCCGUGGUUGAAGGAAUAUUAGUAAUUGCACGACAUAUUCAGGGUAAGGACGUUAAUGAUCAACUCCUAUUUACGUUGGUUACGGCUCUUCAAGCAUCUGCAGUUCCUAGUUCUGGUCGUACAAGCUUAUCUGAGAAACAACGUGAUGACUACAAUAAUUAUUUUCUUGCCGUUCGGGGAGGUGUGCUCUUACAGGUAUUUAAGGAAUUAUUUGGAGUCGUUAAGAGAAACAACGUCAUUUUUCCUCUGGUUGAAGAAGCAAAGUCGGCGUUAAACUGCAUUGCAAAAACGUUGUCGAAAGCAAUAGAAUAUGAGACCACAGAAGUAAGUAAUGAAGAGGGUGCAGUAGACACCACAGCUGGCGGAGGAUACCAAACAGAUGCAGCUAGAAUAAUGGAGUACUGUUGUAGUUUAACAGGGUCCUCGGAGUCACCUUCCUGUUCUCCUCGAAAUCAAGGAACUACUGUGGGGGUUAUUGCUGUACCUAAUGAUACUUCUAUAAUGUUGCUUACAGCUCUUGGCAUUAUUCUUCAUUUAACUGUAAAUGGAGGGCCCACGUUUAGGAACUCAAAGACAAUUCUCUCUGUCGUGAAAUUUGCAGUUAUUCCUUGUACCUUAACCACCGCGUUGUUGAAGGACUUGGGUGCGUUUAGGCUCUCAGUGAAUGUUUUAUUGACUUGCACAAUGACUUUUGGACACUUAAUGGUGAAUGAAACUGAAACAAUUUUCCGUCACUUGUUUUUCCGAGUAUUGGAGUCCAAAACAAGCUCCUUAACGCAGAAGUCUAUUGUUGUAGAAGCGUUUCGUCGUUAUAUUGAAGAGCCACAAAAUCUGAUAGCACUGUUUCUAAACUAUGACUGUAAUACUUCUUCCCAAAGUGUUUACGAGCAGAUGAUUGGGUAUUUGGCUGCCUUAUCAGUGCCUUUUGGUAUGAAAAGGAAUGAUAUAACAGAUUGCAAUGAAACACUCUCUGGAAGGAUUGUGCUAGAUAUUUCAGUUCCGGAGCCACUUCAACGAAACGCAUUAGAGACUCUUCUAUUGGUUGUAUAUUCUAACCUUCAAUGGAUAGAACGAUUUGAAUGUGACCAAAACAUUUCCAUUGUCCAUGCUUCAACUUUCAAUAGUCAAUCAGGAAUACCAGAAUUGCCUAAAUCCUUGGAUAAACGUGUUGAACAUCAAGGAGAAAUAGUUGUAUCUGCUUCUGUUGAAAGUGGAAAUGAUCCGUUUGUUCAUGCCCUUCGAGUAAAAGAUGCUUUUCGGAAGUUCACGUAUCUUAUGAAUGAUGUAAAAGAUUUCAAAGCUGCAAUUGAGUUUUUAACUAAGGAACCUUUGUUGCUUCCAAGUCUAAGAGCGGAGGUGGGGGAGGAUGAAACAAAAUAUAGUAAAUAUGUGAAAGUUGGGGAGCUGGCCCUUCGGAGUGGAAUAUUGAAGCAUUCAGAAACGACAUCAAAUGGUCCUAUAAAAACUUCUGAGAAUCCGGAAGAAAUAUCCGUGUCUAACGCCGAAUCGAUUGCUCUUUUUUUAAAAGAGAAGGAAGACUAUAUUGACAAAUUGGUACUUGGAGAAUACUUUGCAAAAAGCUUUCGAGACCGGCAGAGUCGUAUGAUCUUUGUGAAGUGGAUUGAACAGCAUUCCUUUGCUGCUAUGACACUUGAUGCGGCACUUAGAUUGUUUUUAGGGGGUUUUAAGCUUCUUGGCGAAGCUGAAGUUGUUGACAAAACGAUGGAACUUUUUGCAGCACAGUAUUGCAAGGAAAAUCCUUCAGCUUUUCACUCCGCUAAUACAGCCUUUAUUUUGUCGUUCUCGAUUUGCAUGUUGAAUACCGAUGCCCAUAGCCCGCAUGUAAAAAACAAGAUGACACUUGAAGAGUUUACACGUAAUAAUAAGGGCAUUGAUGAGGGAAAUGAUGUGGAUCCAGAUUUAUUGAAGGGCAUUUACGCGCGUAUUGUAGGAAAUGAAAUUAAGCUUCGCCCCUCGAAGUUUGUAUCAAGUGAAAAAAAUAUUGGAACCAUCCUUGGUAAAACGUCUUCAUCUAGUACCAGAAUUUCUUCAGGUUUAUUGGAGUCAAUUCCUAUUUUGAAACACUUUGCACCUGUUGCAAGAAGAAUAACUGACACUGUUAUGAUACCUUUGGAUGCUGCAGGAAAUGCGCUUUUUAAUACCCUGCGUCGAAAACAAGAGGAAAUUUACCAAACUGAACUUCGUAGCGCCUUGAAAGAUGUAAUGGAAGCAUUGGAUACUGCCAAUGCACUCAAGUCUAGCUAUGUGGAAGCCACAAGAAUUGAGAAUGCGAUACCAAUGUGGGGGAUAACAGUAGACUAUGUGGUACGAUGCCUUUUGUGCGCAUUUGAAAAUUUUUUCUCCACCGCGGAGAGUACCGUUAUGCCUGCAGGCGUUCAAGGCUUCAAUGAUUCGACGCAACGAUACAUGGAUGUGCCCGAUAAUAGGGAAUAUUUUGAUCUUCUUCUUCGAGGUGUAGUUAAUACUAUUCGUGUAUGCUGCGAUUUUGGGAAUAUUUCUCAUGCAGAGGAUCUUAUCGAGCGUCUUUUUUCUAUUACUCAGCUUUCAAGCGUUGUGGUUCUUUCGCAGCAACCAAUACCUUGUGUAAGCAUUUCAAAUGGAAUUUCAAAACCAAGAAUUGAAUUAUUAGCUACAUUACUGAAUUUGUUUCUUGUAAAUGGUGCUUCAUUAACCACAAGGGGUUGGCGCGUGGCGUAUACUGGGGUUUCUCUCUUAGACCUGAUUUCCAACGGAUUGGAGGGGAUUUGGAGAAGACAGUGCCGAAGGCCACUUUUAGGUGAAGUUGACAAACCUCCUCCAGAUACUUGGUUUAAAAAUUUAGAAGAUGUUCCACCUUCUUUUGACAAAGGUUCGAUUCGAAAACGCGCUACAAUUUUGGAGGCUUUAAGAUGCUUUUCUUCUGUUGAUACGUGGCUAGAACGUUUAUUCGAUGCCACAAGGUAUCCAUCUCAAACACAGGCCUUUAUGUCAAAUGCACUGGUUUCUGUAUGUGAGAAUGAAUUAAGGUCUGCACGUACAUUUGCUCUUACAAAAUUAUUGGAUUUUUUAACUGUUUGUGCUUCAUUUAGUUCGCGAAUGCAGUGGAGAGAUUUAUGGACCAAUGCUAACAAAGUCUUCACUGUGGCUGGUACAAUGGCAUUCGACAUUGCAAAUUCUGCUUUGGGGGGAUUACGGAUUAUCGCACUUAGUUACCUCAUGCGUGAAGAGCUUUUGAAUUAUUCGUUUCAAAAAGAGGUUCUUAUGCCGUUUGAAUCUAUUUUGAUGGGUAAUCAAGAUGUCCAUAUUCGCCAAAAAGUAAUUGAAGUGAUAUCUGAACUUGUAGAGUUUCGUACCAGUCGUUUGGCUAGUGGAUGGAGUGUUGUAUUUUCAAUUUUGAGCCACUGUGCAAUGAUACCGGAAGUGGUUAAAUCAGCCUGGGAGCUUUCUGAACGUGUCAUUACCUUACAUGUUGCUCUCAUGAAAGAUUGUUUCGGAAAUCUGGUAUUCUGUUUGACAUCGUUUGCGUGUAAUAAAGUGGAUGAAGAGGUUGCACUAUUAGGUAUUUCGUACCUGAGGGCAUGUGGUCAUUGGCUUCAGUUUGGGUUAGAACCUCCUCCAGAAGACGUACGGAAUGCUAGUGCUGUAGCUGAAUGGUCCGGACGAUUUAAGGACGCUGAUAAUGAAGCAAAUGCAGCACAGUUUAAUGUUGGGUUACCACGGGUUACGCUCUCGACGAUUUCUAUCACUUCACAUCAAACGUUGGAAAAACCAAGAAGUCUUACAGCGAAAACAAAUUAUCAUUUAUGGAUGUCACUAUUGGAAGGAAUGAGUCCAAUUAUAUCACUUAAUCUUUCUGUGAGAGUUAGGGCGCAUGUCAUAUGCUCUCUUUGGGCUCUUAUUGAACAGUAUGCUGUAGCGUUUGCCACGAAUAUACAAGAAUCUCUUUUUACUGAAAUUUUAAGACCAGUUUUGUUUAACCUUCUUAUGCAUGUCCCAGUUGAUCGGGAAACUGUUAUCGAUCCAGUGGAUUAUAAACUAUUGGCAUUACUGACUCUCAAAAGCAUGUUUUUAGCUUGUCGUCAUCAUCCGCAUCUGUUACACCUGGCCUGUAAAACAUUUUUGACCAUUUGCACGUCAGCUUUUUCAUUGGAGCAUGUCCAAUCAGGUCUUAUAGAUGUGAUAUUGCGUAUAUGCGUGGAUCUUGACCCACGUGGAUUUGCUACCUGCCUGAAUUCGUCUGAAGCAACAUCCGAACUCUGGGUAAGCAGACUUCUACAUGAACUCCUUCAGGUUGGUCACAUUGAUGUUAUUCACUUUAAAAGAACUUCUGGAUGGAAUGAAUUACAUCAUUCAAUAGCCGCUACCACGCUUAGUAUAAAUUUUGAUUCCAAUAUGGGAGAUGAAGCGCGUACUAGGGUUAUUGAUACUGUUCUUACUGCCCUAAUUGACGGUGUAGCUGUUCAACUUUCAGCCACAAUGCAUCGUUGCAGCUCACAAGAAGAAAAAUUGCUGUGUUUUAGGGCGAUGCGACGAACUUAUCUAGUCAUUGCCUUGUUUUCUUCGGCUGAUUCCACUGGAAAAGUGUUUUCUCGGCUACUUACUGGAGUAUCUUUUUCCUCCUCUUCGACAAUUCCUGAGCAACAAUUGCUUAUUCCUUACAUAUGCGUGCUUAUCGAGUUUGUGUUUGUUUUGCGUUCCGCUCCGCCCAUACGUGAAGAAAUUCAGGCAUUACAAGAAGCCAUUAACGUAAUCUCUCAAACGAUUCGAGAAUCACGUGAGUUUUGUAUUCGGAGCCAGUCCGAGUAUAUCAGCGCUCUAGAGAAUGAAAAGGCAAAGGAGGGGACGGCAGGUGUUUUUAAAAAACAAAGAGGCCGAUCAUUUAUCGACAUAUUUCGCUCUGGCAGAGCUCCUUUGUCUUGUCUUUCACAAGACGUUUCCCACACCGUUGCGGAGCGAGUUCUUAACGAAUGGAGGUAUCUGACACACACUCUUGGGUUAAGAUAUGCUUUCACCUUUGAUGGUGUCACAGCAAAUUGCAUUACUGCUGACUGUCUGCACGACCUUAUACUGUUAUUCCCCAGUGAGUUGGAAGAAGAGCUAGUUGAGCCUUUCAUUUGCAGUUGUUGGGAGGAACUUGAUGUGGGGGUACCUCUCAUGGGAGUUUCCGCUAUAUCGCAGACUCUUAUUGUUCUUGAGCGAAAGAGGAGUCUACCACAUGCGUAG